ACCGGAACCGGAUGUGCUGCUUGUUAUCGUACUUGGGCAGAACUUGUGGCGAAGCCGUUGUCGACAUUUGACAAUGUCGUUACUUAAUGCAGCAUUAUGAAUCGUUUUUGUUUUGGAUCUUAUUCGAACUCUAUGUCAGCGAUGCGGUAUUUACUUGCUAGUUACUUAUGUCUGUCUAAGUGUCGGAGACACACGCUAGUUGCAUUCGUGACCUUUUCUGGUGGUGUUUAGCGGGGGGCAACGCGGGUUCGUGGCGUUUAAUCGGCUGGAAUUUCCGAACGAUCGGGACACUACUGCUCCAAACAUGAAUCCAUCGAAGCCAUUUGGAGGAGGUUUCCAAGCUACGAGCAACGCUAAUCCUAGUUUGUUCCCGUCAUUUGGACAGCAACCCUCCGGCAGCCUGCCUCCCAAUGUGGGCAUUUUCCAAUCGUCAGCGUUUGGUCUGCCAUCGGCCUCCAAAGUAGCCGGUCAUACCAUGUUUGCACAGGGUCCUUCGUUUGGACAGCAACCAGCGCAAAGCGCGUCGCUCUCCAGCCAGUCUCCAGCUUUAAGCCAACGUCCUGUGGGAGCAAGCAACGCUGGCUUCGGUGGCAAUGCUGGGCCAGCAUUUGGAGCUAUGAGUGGAUCAAGCCAGAGUUCCGCUUUUGGACAGACACCCGCAUUUGGACAGCAGUCUGCAUUUGGUCAGGACCCAAGUUUUGGACAGCUCUCUACAGGUUUUGGACAAAAGCUCCCAGGCUUUGGACAACAGCCUGCAGUAUUUGGAAGCACCCAAAACAGCUCAGGAUCUACUGCUGCUUCAUUAGUGCCACCUCAGCAGAUAAGUUUUGCACACUCUGUAUUUGGACAAGCACCAAGUACCACUGCUGCCGGUAGUGUGUUUGGUGCUAGUCCGACCCAGAGCAGAGGAUUUGGAUCUGAAUUCAGUUUCAAGCCAGCCAGUGAAGUUCUUUUCAAACCCAUCUACAGUGGCAGUCCUGAACCCACUCACCCUCAAACCACGCCACUGUCCACCUUACCUUUUGGUAGCACCACAGAGAAGACAAGUUCCAGCACUGCUGGUAGUAGCAGCUGCAGCAGCAGCAGCACCAUCACUGGCUUCUCUGGGGCAACAUCGGGAUCAUUGGGCUUUAGUUUCUCUCAGCCUGCUGCUGCUCCAUCCCUUCCGGUCCAAAACAACCCACUAGCAAGUGUCAGUAACAGCGGCCCUUCCAGUGCUCUGCAGUUCACCUUUUCCCAGCCUGCCGCCGCACCCUCCGGUUCCAACACGAACGCUCCAAUCAGCCAGCCUAAAACCCCAUCCACUUUUAGCUUUUCAACCAAACCCCUCCAAGCGCAGACGGCUCAACUCUUUGGUGGAAACGCUAUCAUUCAGCCCUCCGCUUUCAGCGACAAUCAAUCCAAAGCGGAGCCCAGUCAAAUGAGCCAGGGUGGAGACGCAAAUGUAUUUGCGCAAUUUAGAAAAGGCACGAAACGUAAAGAAGAAGACGCCGCCGCAACGGGUGCGCCGCAAGCUAUUGCGGAGGAGGCCGAAACAACGGACACCUCUUCACCCAGGCAGCCCCCAAAAAGACCUCUCAUGAGAACUCGGCCCACUGCGGGGCUCUUCAGCAGAGCGCUGAGCGGACUGCGAAAAGCUGCCACCACUUCAGUCCGACAAGAGGGAAAGGAACCUCUGCAGCAGAAAGCGCAGCUGGAGGAGUCGACGAGCGAGCAUCCCCAAGUGCUGCGUGAACAUGCCACUGCUAGCACGUCGGCCGUACAAACCCUGAGCACUGAGCUACUGGAAAAAGCCCAACAGUCAGACUUACAACACCCCCGAGAAGUGAUGGCCGAAAGCAAGACGCCAAGGAGAAGUGGCGCGCCGAGUGAGAGCUUGGACAGCUUGGACAGCGAGAGCGGGACGUCUCCCGCUGACUGGACUGUCAUUCAGUGCAGGAACAUCCCGGCGGCCCUCAACAAAAAGAACAUCAUUGAGAAGCAUUUUUCUCAAUUUGGCAAAGUUAGCAAGCUCCAAUGCCGGCCUUCCAAGGGAUUAGCCAUGGUGCACUUUGAAAGCCACGCAUCUGCAGCCAAGGCAAAGAAGAACGGGAAGCUCCUGCAUCAGCAUGAAAUCCUCCUUUUGUGGCAGCGAAAGAAGCAAAGUGCGACUCGAUUCUUCAGUCCAGGGGAUAAAAGCAGAAGAGCCAUGGGGAAAAAAGCAGCGGAGAAGGGCAACGACGCUGCUAAUUUCAAGGCUUUCAAACGACCCGUACUUAGCGACACCUUUACCCGCAGUAACUCACCGUUGAAGAGGCCAGCAACAACUCUCCAGCUUGACUCGGAACUUCCGAAGGAGAACGUCACCACCACGACUCAGCUCUCGGAGUGCCUCGCGCCCCUCGUCGGCGUCACGGCAGAGACAACGGAGGACAAGUACCGGCUUCUAGAGCAGAGGGACAAGAUCUUGCGACAAGGGCGGCCCAAAAGCACGGACCUGGACCUCUCCAAGGUCUUCGUAGGAACGUGUCCUGACAUGUGUCCUGAGAAGGAGAGAUACAUGAGGGAAACAAGAAAUCAGCUCAGCAUAUAUGAAGUCCUCCCCAACACAGAGCUGGUGGACCACGUAGCAGCCAUCAAAGAGUACAGUCGUUCAUCCGCCGACCAGGAGGAGCCCCUUCCUCACGAGUUACGCCCCUUGCCAGUACUCGGCAUGACCAUGGACUAUCUGGUCACUCAGAUCAUGGACCAAGGUCACGACAGCUUGCGGGAUUGGUACGAUUUUGUCUGGAACAGGACCCGGGCUAUCCGCAAGGACAUCACCCAGCAGCGUUUGUGCUGCCCGCACACAGUGUCACUGAUCGAGAAGUGCACACGCUUCCACUUACAUUGCGCCCACCAUCUCUGCGAAGAGCCAAUGUCCGUUUUUGAAGUCAAGAUCAACAACGAGAACUUGACAAAGUGCUUGCAAAGCCUGAAAGAAAUGUACGAGGACCUGAAGGGCCGUCACGUCUACUGCCCCCGCGAGGCUGAGUUCCGCCAGUACAGUGUCCUGUUGAAGCUCAACGACGGCGACAUCCUGCGUGAGGUCCAACAGUUCCGUGACGAAGUGCGCAACUCCCCCGAAGUGCAUUUUGCCGUGCAGGCUUUUGCCGCUCUCAACAGCAACAACUUUGUGCGCUUCUUCAAGCUGGUGAAAAGGGCAUCGUACCUGGCCGGUUGCCUCCUCCACAGAUAUUUCAAUCAGGUCCGAGCAAAAGGAUUGAAGACCUUGAACGCUGCUCACACCGUGGGUCCGCGCUCAACUGCUUUUCCUGUGGACGACAUCGUUCGGAUGUUGAUGUUCUGCAGUGCCAAAGAAGCAACUGACUUCAUCCAGAAGUACGGCCUCAAUGUCAGCGAGGGUGUGGUGGAUCUGAAUCGGGUAGCCUAUCAGGAGCCGGAGGUGCUAUCCCAGAAGAAGUCUCAGGUCAUUCAGGCUAAGAAAACAACAUCGACUGGGGAAGUGGUGAAUGGAGGCCCCCUCCCCAAUCCCCCUCAGCACAAACCUGUCUGCACCUUUGACUCUUACAACAAAUACAGAGGAGAAGGCCCCUUGACUGAGUCUGCACCCAAUCAAUUGAAAGCUAUUGCUGCCAAAGUAGAAGUGAAGGCCCCGCCCAGCAUCCAAUUCCAGACCCAAGUUUCACCUGAUGUCCCCAAUGUUUUUGGGCUGAGAGCAGAGAAGACCGAGUCCAGCAUUUCUUUCCCAAACGUGGCCCUCCAAGCUGAAGCAGCGCAGCUCCUCCAGCCUGUAGCGCAGCCUCCCGCUGUCAAAGCACCGUCACCUCAACCAGCGUUCAGCGAUGAGGACAUUACGGCCGAAGUGGACUGUUUGAUUGACGAAAUGGUUGAGACAUCGGCAAGAGCGGUAGCUGCUGACGGUGCCGCUUAUGCCGCAGCAGCACUUGUUGAGAGCAGCGUGCAGGCAGAGUCCGUACUGAAUGAAGUUUUAGGUGAAGUGCUACAAGAAUUGUCUUCUAGCCAGAUCCUUCUGGAACAAGAGCGUGUCGCUGAAGAGCAACGCAGGAUUGAGGAAGCAAGGCGGAGACAGGAGCUCGAGAACCUUUUGUCCAAGUUCAGGCUCUCUUUGUUCGCAGAGAUCACGCAGGAAGUAUUAGAUGAGACUAUCAAGGAGAUUGCCGCCGCGGUCUUCCGGCAAGCGGUGGAUGAGAAAGCACGCUGUAUCGCUAAAUGUUCUCAAGAAGUCUGCACUAGUUUCAUUGAGGACACUUUGAAAGCAGACAUUGCUCUGCUAGUCGAAGAAAUGCUCACGGCUGAGCUGCAGCGCGCUCGCAAGUACAUCAAAAGGUGGCGUGAUGUGGUAGCGGUGCGCCGGCAGCUGAAGAGACAGAUGAGAGGUUUCCCGGCAGCUCCUUGCUUCGUGGACCCUCGCUUCAAAUUGAAGGCGCUGGCUCCGAGCGCUCCGGCGCAGCAGUCUGUUGAGGAUCUGACUCGUGGAAUAGUAAACCUGGGAAAUGCAGGAAGGUUAUCUCUAUCCAGCACCAGGGCAUUGAAAAUGAGAUAUUUGGCUGUACACCAAAUGAGAGUCCACUACUACUAUCAGCAGCUUCUUGACGAGUUAGUGUGGGCACCACUCGACAUGCCCACACUGGUGAUGGAAAAUGUCCACAACCCACCUGAUAGAAUCUUCUGGAAAGCUGUUGUCUUACUGCCCAGUGAGCACGAGAGUGUCGCCAGCCUGGCAGACAGGAUUCUGUCUGAUUGGCUCGAAAUGAAGCUUGCUGGCAGCCAGCAAGCUUCAAAGAUGAUGGAGGAACAGCGGGAUGGAACUCUGCAGACCCUCCACCUGUCCAACACAAUCAGGGAGAAGGGACAUGGUACCCAUGAAGUCCAUGUCAGCAUCAAGGUGUCCAGAGGUCCGUUGUCUGAAGACGGUUUAUCUCAAAUGGAGGAGUGCUGCGAGCUGCAAGGGACAGGAGCACUGAUCAUGUUGCUCCCGGCGCUGACCUUCUCGGAGGACGAUCGUAACGAGCAGGACGUACCUCUGCUCUCGGCCUUGCUUCAGCUCAAACAGUUGCAGCAAGCCAGCAGCUGGCACUGCCCGCUGCCUCUUGUCGUUCUGGUGCCGGGCCCUGAUCGCAUCACCUGCAACACUGGCAAACUUGAAGAAGAACUGAUGCUGCCUAUGCUAGUAAAGGAUGGCCUCAUAUCAGAAUAUAUGUUGUCGUUCAUCCCAGAAAGCACAAAUGAUAUGCAAGGAUCCAAAGAGCUCAGCUGCGCUCUGCGUUGGCUUGUGCCCCGUGCACCUGCACCUAUCCCACUUUGCUGCCGCACCCUGGUGCAAGUCGUGGAGGCCAACUUGAGUCAGGAGUUCAGCGGUCGGGUUUCUGCUCACUGCCAGCAACGUGCCGCUGCCGGCCUCCCGCCGCAGGAUCCCGCUCCCGUCAUCCAGCUAUACAACGCCGUCAUAAGCCACGUUGCCGCCGCGGUGUCGUCGGAGGAGCUCUCCAAGAUCUCGUGGCCGCCGGGAGAGUUCUGUAACCCUGAUAACGGCCAGUUUGUUCCAAAUCUGGGCUGGAACUCUGGCUCACACCUGGCCUGGUUGCGUCAAGCCGUCCUCAACUUGCAGCUCCCGCAAUGGAGGCAACAACUUUCAAACUCAGACACUUGGUCCGAGCUGUGCUCCUCCAUCUAUCGCUACGCUGAUCAGAUCCAAGCGACGCAUGGCAGUCAGCCCCUCAUCAUGUCACGUCUGGAAAAUCUCCUGGAGCGGGUCAGAAUCAAAAGCCAGCGCAGGAGAACCUCUGCUUCUAAGCAGAGCUUCAACUUUUGGGAUGGGACACACGACGCAGAUCCAGCCUGUAGUCAGAUCCCUUGGGUUGACGUGCUGGUCAUCUGCAUUGACCACAAACUGAAAGACUGGCAGCUUCCUGAACCUGUCUGUGAAGACGCUAUCACAGAAGAUGGGGAAAUCCUGGUUUACUAUCUGAGGGAGUCAUUAAAGGGCUUCCAGCCACCCGAGGAAUGGAUCGACUCGGUCGGAAUGACGCACAGGGAAAGCCGGCGAGAUGACAAAGGGACAAGUUCAGCUACCACCUGUACUACACCCAACCACCUGACAGUUAGGCAUCGAUUGUUCCCGAGCGUGCCGGAAGCCCCUCUGGACAUCUCGCACACCCCCACAGCAUUCGAGGCGCUUACCCACAAGGUGUUCCAGACGUUGGAGGAAGAGAAGACUGAAAGCAGAAGGAGCACGCAACAGCUCCAGCGUUGGCUAGAGGGUGGUGACUGUGUGGACGACUGGGCCACGCCACUCCUCAUUCCAUCUUCCAUCCUGCUCUCCAUGCCUGCUUUUGUAAAGCGCGACUCCUCGGCCAAGCCUUUAGAUGCUCUUUUCACCAAGGAAGCACAGAGUCUCGAGCCAGUGCCGAAAGACAAGUGGUCCCAGAGGAGUCGUUUGUCGCUGACUGAGCGACUGAGAGAGCUUGAGCAGCAGAUUGAAGCAAGCCAAAGGGAAGAAUCGCUCUGCAAACUGAAACUGAGUGCAAUGAUGAGCAUCGUUGAAGACUGAGCAAAGUUUUGAAGCUUUUCUAUUCUUAAUGUAUACAGCGACUUAUGCCAUGUGACUUGUGCAUGGAAAAGUCCAUCUGGUGAAUGCUUCCAUUGAGGCCUUUAGUUAUUGAAUAAAUAGUCAAUGAAACAAUA